AUGUCGGCCGGCGUGCCCAUGGAGCCCCAGCAGGAGAUGAUGUACGCGGCGCCCGCGGAGCCGCAGCGCAUGAACAUCUCCCCGGAGAUGUUCCAGAAGCUCAUGGCCGGGCAUCCCGUGACUGAGGAGGAGAUCCACGCGGACGCCGCGGCCAUGGGCGGGGCGGCGGCCAUGGGCGGGGCGGCGCCCGUCGUGGAGGCGGCCACGGCGGCGGUCGACGCCGCCGCCGACGCGGUGGGCGCGAAGAAGAAGUCCAAGAAGGAGAAGAAGAGCAAGGACCGGACGGGAGCAAGAAGGUCAAGACCAAGUCCGGGAAGAAGAAGGGCUGCUGCUGAGCGCCGGCGGUGCCCGGCUGCAGGGCGAGGGUGCCGCGGCCAUGCGGUCCCGCCGUUUGCCCCGUGGGGGCGUUUUUUUGUUUAUCGCCUCCGUUGCCCGACGCUGCCGUCUGGUGGUCCAUUGUACGCGCUCCACCCGGGAGCCAAAGCGUCUGCCAAAGAGCUGCAGGGAGCCGCGGGAGAUUGCAGGGCGACGGCCGCGCGGGUCGUGCGCAGAAAGAGUGUCAGCGAUGGCCUGCGGUGGUUGCGUAUCUUUGCGGUGGCGGAGAUGGAGGAGUUACUUUCACAGGAACGGCGAGCCGCAAUUAAGGCUUUAAAGAGCAACCCCGACCCUCCCGCAGCGGCCCGUUCAAAGCAGAACUUCGGCGCCGACCUCUGGGAUCGCCCCGUACACGGGCGGCCCCGGCGAAGGGCCCUCACCAGCCUUGGCCCCGCCUGCCAGUACCCGAGGUAUUCCCGCGUCUUGGGCUUGCCCCAGGCGGUGGCCUCACGCCACCCGCUGGCCAGACAGCUCGAGGACCAGCCCCGGCUCCAGGCCUCGCACCCAGGCGUCGCGCGGAGCCCCCAGCUGCGGCACGACCUUCUGCACCUCGGCCCCGUGCCUCGAGCGCUUGCCACGAAGAAGCCGCGGCUGUCCUUCUCCAGCUCCGCGGCCGUUGCCCUCGGUCACCCGUCCUUCGGUGCUCUCCGCGUCUGCGGGCAGGCCAUCGUCACCUCAUCGGAUACGUGGUCGGCCCACAUCGUCUUCUGGCACUUGCCCGGGGGGCCGACUUGGUCGGGCACCUUUGGCCGCUGCGCGAUGCGGCGCACAGCCGAGGAGGCGAACUCUUCCUCGCUGCCCCCGGCCGCGGGCUCGGAGGUUCCGGGCUCCCUGGCCCUUCCCGCGGCUGGCCUGGACCCCGCCGCGGCCUGCGCCUCAGCAGGGCGGCUCGGCGCCACCGCGGGGAGCCAGCUCACGGCCUACCCGCUCGCGCGCGACUCCGCGUUCUACGUGGUGCACCUCGCCUUCUUCUGGUACAUGUACAGAGACGGCCAGAUAGAGGCCUGGGAGUCGGUGGUGCAGUUCAGCAUGUACGUCUGCUACUGCAUGUUCAUGACCCAGAACGCGAAGAUCGAGAGGUGGUGGAAGGACAAGGUGGACAAUAUGGCCGAUUCGACGGCCUUUGCGAAACUGGACACAGACGGUGACGGGCUCAUCAGCAAGGAGGAGGCGAAGGCGGACAAUGCCCUCGCAAAAGAGUUCGACAAGGCCCAGAACGCCACCGACUGCCUGCCAGCCCCGGUGUUGCGACGCAGGCAGCAGCAGCACGAUCCAAAGCGUUUUGGGUGCGGCGAGAUAUUUUCCUGUUGCGCCUCCACCCUCAGCAGAUAG